AUGAAGAUUUUUCUCAUCCUCACACUCUUGGGUAUAGCAGUUCCUGAUUUCCCAGAAGCCAUUUUAGGAGAAUAUCAAGACACAGAUGAAGUCUUGCCAGAUGAUUUUACCAUUCCUUACAUGGCCUAUUUGCAAUCCAGGCCAGAGCCCUGUGUGGGGACUCUCAUUGACCCUCAGUGGGUGAUCACUGCCGCUCAUUGUCCCUUACCAGAUAAAAUCCGACUGGGAGUUCAUCAACCCAACAUCAAAAAUGAGAGAGAGCAGACAUACAGUUAUGCACUGACUGUAGUCCAUCCUAAUUUUGAUGCAAAUCUCCGGAAAAAUGACCUGAUGCUGAUUAAACUCUCUUACCCUGCUUCUGUAAAUAUGUAUGUGGGAACUAUAGCCAUAGCUAUGGAAGCCAUGGCAUUUAAUGAAACAUGCUUUAUACCAACAUGGAUCUGGAAUAGCUACAAGAACUUCAGUGAUCCCGACAUGCUGGCAUGGAUAAAUCAGUACUCGCUUUCCCCGAGCGACUGCUGGAACAUUCUCCAUCGACAGAGACAAGAAACAAGGUUGAAUAUCAUGUGCUUAGGACGUUUGGCUAAUGUUGCAACUUCAGUUAAGGAGGUCUCUGCUGCCCCAGCCAUCUGCAAUGGGAGGCUCCAUGGAAUAUUGUCCUGGGGAAAAGCAGGCAUAAUGAAGGGAAGUCAAGGCUUCUUCACUGAAAUCCAUCCUUAUGGGAGAUGGAUCUUGAAAACAAUGCAUGCCCACUGA